UGGUCCCGCCCCUCGCUCGGUCGCUGGGUUUGUGCUCUGCGAGGCCUCCCCGCCCCCCUGCGCUGUUCCUUCGGGCCCUGUCGCGUCGGGAUGAGCCGCGCUUCCCCAUGGAGACCAAACGGGUCGAGAUUCCCAGCAGCGUCCUGGACGAUCUGUGCAGUCGAUUUAUUUUGCACAUUCCAAGUGAGGAAAGAGACAAUGCAAUCAGAGUAUGUUUUCAGAUUGAACUUGCCCAUUGGUUUUACUUGGAUUUCUACAUGCAGAACACACCAGGAUUACCUCAGUGUGGGAUAAGAGACUUUGCUAAAGCUGUCUUUAGCCAUUGCCCUUUUUUACUGCCUCAAGGUGAAGAUGUGCAAAGGGUUUUGGAUGAGUGGAAGGAGUAUAAAAUGGGAGUACCAACCUAUGGUGCAAUUAUUCUUGAUGAGACACUUGAAAAUGUACUGCUGGUUCAAGGAUAUUUAGCAAAGUCUGGCUGGGGAUUUCCAAAAGGGAAAGUAAAUAAAGAAGAGGCUCCACAUGACUGUGCAGCGAGAGAGGUGUUUGAAGAAACUGGUUUUGAUAUCAAAGAUUACAUCUGCAAAGAUGACUACAUUGAACUACGAAUCAAUGAUCAGCUAGCACGCUUGUACAUCAUUCCAGGAGUUCCAAAGGACACAAAAUUCAACCCCAAAACCAGAAGAGAAAUUCGGAACAUUGAAUGGUUCUCAAUUGACAAAUUACCGUGCCAUAGAAAUGACAUGACUCCAAAGUCCAAGCUAGGUUUGGCACCUAACAAGUUUUUCAUGGCCAUUCCCUUCAUCAGACCAUUGAGAGACUGGCUUUCUCGAAGGUAUGGGGACUCCUCUGAUAGUGACAAUGGAUUUUCAUCCACUGGGAGCACACCAUCCAAGCUCAACAUGGAGAAAACAAGAUCUAAACUUCGUUAUAGCCAGCAGGUGUUUACAGAUGGCUCUCCAGGAGACCAGUGGACGAAGUACAGACAACCACAGCAACAGAAGCCAUAUAACAAUCAUUCUGAGAUGUCUGAAGCCCUAAAAAUAAAGAACAUGAGGGGUAAUGGUAGAAAGCAAUAUCAAGACACUUCUAACCAAAAGAAGAGGACAAAUGGGGUCCACAGUCAGCCGGCGAAACAGAACCACACAUUGAAAUGUGAAAAAAAACUUAAUCCAAGAAGACUUCAGGAUAACUUUGAAACAGCAGAUGCAGCAGCGUAUGAUGUGUGUUUCUCCAUUGAAGACCUGCUGGAACAUACAGAGGCAUACUCUGUAGCAUGUAAUGGUCAUUACAAAAUCACUUUCUCAUCAAGAGCUUUCUUGAGCUUCAAGUUUGACCAUGAUGCCAUAAUGAAAAGUUUUGACCUCUGACAGCAAACCUGUUAUGGAUGAACAAAAAUCAAAGACUGAUCUUUUGCAGUUGAGUGGGUUUCUAAUCCAGCCUUACUCCUUCUCAGGUGUUUUUAUUUUUUUUAUUUUUAAAGCAAUGCAGGGACUGAAUGAUGAUUGGAAAGGGUCCAUUCUCUUUGCAGUAUGGAAGUGGCAUAGUGAAGUGUCGCACUUUAAAUGCAGUUCCGCCUUUAUCCACAAAAAUACCUUUCCAGUGUUUGGUUCACUAGUUCCUGCUGUUGCAUGAGAGGGCAUUUUUUUUUUUUUUUAAACUUUGAAAUAUUUUAGUGUUGGCUGUAUACUAACACACUAAACUUUGAACCUGCUCUGAUAUAAAGUUGUUGGAACACUCAGUCUUUAUUUUCUGGUACUUUGCAGUAGUAUAGCAAUUAAAUUAAUUCUCAGAGGACACCCAUCUUCUCUAUCCCAGCAAUGUUGAAAUCUUGGCGCAUCUGUGCUUAAAAAAAAUUAUGAAUUUCAAGUCUACUAGUUUGACCUCAUCUUUGCAGUUCUCUCUCUUCUUCUCUCCGGUUGUCUGCCGAUGUUCUCUCCUCUCUCUCAUGCUCAAACUCAUUUCAGAAUGACUUGCAGUCAGUAGAAUUUAAAACUAAAUCCAUGGGGUCCCAUUCUGCCCUGACUUGCACCUUUUCCUCGACUGUCUUCGGUGGGGAUACGCUUGCUGAACAGAACUUGGCCUUUCACACUUACUUGUUUCUGUUCUUCCUUUAUGUCCAUUAGAACUGUUCUCCACUAGGACAAAAUGGGUACAAGCCUUCUUUCACUUGCAGCUGCUUUUAAGAUGUUGAAAGGAAAAGUUAAAUUUUGUGGCGAGGGGAUUCUUAUAUAUACUAAACAUUUGUAGUUGCUGAAUGUAAAUAAGCCUCUGCAGGUCCUGCUGAGAGAAGGGGAGGAUUGAGGUAGAUGUGUGGAUGACUAGAGAACGUCAUGUGCCACCUAAUGGCUUAAUCAAGUUUGCAACAACUGUUCUAAGUGUCCAUUAUUGUGUUCUAUACUAUUGUCCUUGGAGGUGUCUAGUGUCAUGUGUGUUCGUUCUCUCUCUCCAAUAGUAUAGCAUUUGAUAUUGCACUUGCAUCUCAGUAUCUGAAAACUGUAACUAAAAAUGAAUGAGGCUACAGCCUUUUAAUAAUAAGUAUAUUGAAGAUGUGAAAAAAUUAGCAGUAGGAAUGCAAAUGAUACUAAGUGGGGGAAAAAAAUCACUAGUCAUACAUUCUUGCAUCAUGAUUCACUUGAGAGAGUUUUGAAUAUACAUUUCAAAAGCAUUUUAUUGGGGACUGGGGGCAAAUGAAGCUCCUCACUUGUCUCAGCAGCCAGUACCUAUAUUUUUCUCUCUUGUUCUUCUUUUUUUUUUAAAGUGGAUGGUUCUCUAAAAUUAAGGUAGGUGGCUGUGAUGUGUAAUUUGGAGGACUGAAUGACUAAAUUGUCUAUCAGUGGCUGUUCCAAGGCUUUGUACAUUUUCUAACCACAGAAGAUAUGUCACCCACAGACACCCUUUUAUAUCUUUGGUGUGGUAUCCACUAAACACAAUCCCUGUCUUCUUGCAAAUACCCUAUAAUAUCUAUUAUCUUAUAUUUGCCCUCAAUAAAUAGCGUGUUAGCUUAUUUUUAUCUUCUAAUCUUUUCAUCCCUUUGGGCUAGGGAAUCUAGUAAUUUUCAGUUGUUAAAACAUUUCCCAUUAGCCAGGAAAGCUGGACUCCUGUAUCAGUUAACAGGAGAAAUAGAUUCCAGUUUUUCCAUUUGGAUAAGAAAGUCUUACAACAGGUCAGUUUACUUUUAGAAUAGUUUUUCUUCAGUUGUUGAAGUGACUCUUUUGCUUCACCCUGGUGUGGUGGUGGCAGUGGGUUGACAGCCAGAAAUAAUGUUCAGAGGUUGCUUAAAUCAGUAAGGCCCAGAUCCUCAAAGUUAUUCGGGUUGCCUAACUUCCAGUAAUGUCAGUGGGAGUUAGGUGUCUAAUACCUUUUGAAGAUCUGUGCCUAAAUGCAUAUGUCCUGUUAUUUAAUUGAGAGGGCUGAAUAGUAAAGUUGCGGGGGGGCAGGAGGGAUGAAUUUGUCAAUUUACCUAUUCAGAUCCAAAUGAAAACCAAAGCUUUGUUCAGUCCUCUUAGUGUAAGUAGUUGAUUUCCCAGCAAUAAGUGUCUAGCUCCUAAGGAAUCAGAAGUUAGCACUCUGACCUCCAGGCUGCUAAUGCCAGUGAGUUUAAUGAGACUCUCAACGCAUGAUUAAAAAAUCAAGCUUUGGAAAUUUUUAUUUCUGAUAGGUAGGUUGACUUUUCAGAUAUGUUCCUUUUAUGAUUCUUCACUUAAUGCACCAUGGAUUAAUAAGGGGAAGAUUUAUAGAGCUGUGUGAAUUUUAAACUUGAAACUUCCACUUGAUGACAGUUUGGGAUGUGAAAUGGCUCAUAGCAAUAUGAGAAAAAUGUGCAUAAAUGGGAUAUGCCUUACUGGGAUCACUAAGUGUAGAUUUUUUUUUUUUUAAAGCAAAAGUUUUCAUUAAUUACAAAAAUACCUGGCUUCCUCACUGACAAAUCCCAAACAAAGGCUGCAGAAAACAGGCCUGAUUUUAUGAAAUCUAGCAUCAGUGUGAGAGUUAUAAAUAAAUUUGAUAAAUAUGCAAUAACUUCUAUUUCUUUGUGUACAAGGUACUGUUUCAGAAAUAUGAAUUCAGAAUGUUCAUAUUUGUAUUGACAUAGUUUCCUUCCUUCUUGAGGUCUCAAACAGCUUAUUAAAUGUGUUUGUAUAUGACCUGCAUUUGGGUUUCAGGGUGCCCUGCACUGUGAACGUUUCAGAUUGUUUACUCUUACUAGUUUUGUAUGUCUUUUUUAUGUGUUUCAUGUUCAAAAUGUUAAAUGAAUCAUUUUAUACUUGUAUUCCAAAGUGUAGGAGUACACCUUACAGGAAUGUUUGUAAAAGAGUGAAGAAAUAGCAAAUGGAUGAUUGAGUUUCAUUCAGUGGAUUUUUUUUGUUUUGUUUUUGUGUGUGGGUGGGCAUUUGGAGCGGCAAGAUUAUCUAGUGAAAUUGGUUGUGAAUGGAUUUCGGAGAUCUAAGCGCUUGUUGGUGUGAAGAUGCUUGAAAAGUAAGCAUGUCAGUCUACUGUGCUUGGAAUAAAACAAGUUGCAACACUCACCUGCAGUUGGUAAUCAAAUUGUGACUCACUCAUCUGUAACCUUGAAGUUAAGACACUUAUGAAAUUAUGAGGAAGAAUGUUUAAUGGACAAAAAGCUCAAUGCAGGUACUGGAAAUUCUGGAAUUAGUUCACAUAGGUUUUUAAUUUUUGGAGGAUUUUGAGACUAUAGACUAAUUUUAGCAUGUUCUGUAACUUGGUAGUCUUUAAAAAUUUCCAUUUUUCAAUACACGUGUGGUAUUGAAUCCUGCACAGAGUUUGAGGUAUGGAGAUAGAGGUAUGGAGGGGGAAAAAUAUUUUAUCUUAUUUCACAAUUAAAAGCUUCCCUUUCUGUAUGUUUCGUUUGUAGUAAGUCUCUCUCUCUCUCUCUCUCUCUCUCUCUCACAAAAUUACAGGUUUACAUACUGUGCUCUGAUCGUAGUUUACUUUGGAGAUCUACAAAAACAACGUUUGCUGUGUUUAUACUCGGUUUGUUUAAAAUGCUGCAUGUAAUGUUAAGGCAAACUGUGUAGUCUGGCUAUUCCUAACAUGUUUCCAAUCAGUCAUUUUAAUAUGAAAAGUGCAUUUUCUUCUGUGAUCACUGAUUUUGAAGUGUUUUUUUUUCCAGUGUGAUUUGCCCUCCUCUCCCCAGCCCCCACUGCCCUCAUCUCUGGCUGGCCUGAAUCAAGCUCUAUAUCCGUGUUGGAACUUGAGGUGUUACUGUUGGGCCAUAUGGCCAGCUUUAUAGUGUUAGCUCAGUGAGCUUUUCUUUUUUUAGCUACUUGAUUUCAAAUCGUGAUUUAACAAAUCAUACUGACUACUUCAGUCUAGGAGCUAGAAUGUCUUGAGUUAUUCCAGUGUCUUUUUUCUCUGGGCUAACCCCAAGGUGCACUAAUCUUGUAAAACUACAUUUACUGGAAUUUAUUCUAAUCUAUAUUGGGAAGCCAAAACUUUUGGAAAAGUGUGCUUGUGGGAUAGCGUAAAUCUCCUUUAUAGACUUAAGUAGUUUGCAGUUUAAACAUAGGCACAAGAUGUUGUUUUUAGUUUUGUUGAUAUAGGUUUCAAACUGCUUUUGAAAUUAUGCUAGACCAAUGAUUUUUUUUUUUUCAACCUUUUUUAUUUGUGGUCCCUAAAAAAUUUUGAAUGGAGGAAAUCUUAGAUAUAGUCUGUGGACACCAAGGGGGCUGCAGACCGCAGGUUGAAAACCACUCCCCUGGACUGAAUUUGAGUCCACUUCAGCAUUUUAGUGUUGCAGCAACCAAAAUAUUUAAGAUGUGGAGUUUUAUACAUGAAAUUAAUUCACCCAUAAUAGAAAGUGCACUGUGAAGGCUCUCUUGCAGCAAAUGAGGCUUGGAAAGGUAAGCUCUGGUCAUUUUUUUUUUUUUUUAAUGUUUGUAGCAAUGUUCUUCAACAAUGGAAAGAGCAAGAGUGGGCUAAAAGGUAGUAUUUGCACUGUUUUUUAUACUGUACAUGAGCACUAUAAGAAAUGCAGUGUGUUCUUUGCCGAGUGUGCAUUUCACUACUGUUCCAAGUAAGUUAUAAGCCUUACUGUGAGGGUGUGACACUGCAUAUGUAGCAGUUCCUUCCUUCAGGAUCAUGCAAGAACAAAUGUCUCAAUUUUAAAUGUUCUUCUACUGACCUAAUGCUUGGGUUUAACUUUGCAUUUUUACUUUAAAGUCACUGUAAACAUUGACUUUCAUGGUUUCUAAUGUGACUCCAGUUUUAGGACAAUCUGUAGGAAACAUGAACCAAAAUGAUGGCAUGUUCUGUAUUACAGAAAGGCCUAUGCUCCUGAUAGUUUGCCAGCUAACACAUACAGGAUAUUUGGGGAGGGAGCAGGAUGGGAUUUAAGGAGUUUUACUCAACUACUUGGGAAGGUAUCUGUUCAAAUGAUUUCUGGGUGAAUAGGAAGAAAAAACAUACCAUUUGGUAAUUCUGCAGGAAAAAACCUUGUGUGUAGAAAUAACUUGUUCAUAUUUAAUUUAACAAAACUAUACCAUGAAAUUGUUUAAAACAUUCAUACUGUAUGAAUUUUUUGUUCAAAAGGUGAAUUAUACAAAGAGGUGAAAACUAACUUAAUUUGCUAGUCUUUAAUAUUACUAUGAAGUUUGGAUUGUAUAUCUUUUAAUAAGAUAUAGAAAUCAUGUUCUAAAUGUUGAGUGCUGCAAAUUUUGUGAUGAGAAAUGCAACAUUUUUCAAAUGAGAUGAUGUACAUAAAAUGCUAUAAUUAAAACUUAAUUUGAUUUCCUGAUUGUGACAAGAA